AUGGACGACAAGCUACUCAAUGAUUCGAUGUACUAUUGUCGCAAGGCCAUCGACCUGGGCUCUGUUCAGGAAAAGCUGAAACCUGUUUUGAGCAAGCUUGUACCUUGCAACCGGCAGGGCGACCUAUCUCUAUGUACCGAUGAGCUUCUUCGGGACGACACAUCUAACCUAAUUGACUACGUGCAGGAACGACCUGUCACCAUAUUUAAAUUUGCCAUCUUCCCCAGCGAUACCAUCAUUGUGACCAAGGAAGGAGUGGACUUGCUUGAUCUCCAUAGGAGGUACACAAAGAAACGCCGGAGAAUGGUACAAAUUGAGCAGGUCCUCGAAUGGCUCUGGGAUGCUAUCGCCGAGCCAAUACUGCAGCACCUUGAAUUCCUCAAAUCACUAUUAGAACGAGGUGAGCUACCCCGAUCAUGGUGGAUCACCACGAGUCGAAUCGUUGCACUUUAUCUUUACGCCGCAGGUGCCUGA